UUGUCACAUGUUGAUGAGUGUGUAGAAUUACAGGGAGACUCAAGCUUCACCCCUGCUGGAGGUUCAGUGAACGUUGCCCUGCUGUCUGGUGAAAACAUGGCGAAAUAUGAGGAAGUCAGUGUCCACGGUUAUGGAGAGUUUUGUAAAGCUGUGGAUGAGAGGAAAGGGAAAGACGUGUUUGUGUAUUUCAGUGGAGAUAAAGAUGAACAGGGGAAAAGCUGGUGUCCAGACUGUGUGAAAGCUGAGCCUGUGGUCCGGGGGGAAAUGGCUCAUCUUCCUGAAGGCUCAGUCUUCAUUUACUGCCAAGUGGGAGACCGGCCAUACUGGAAAGAUCCGAACAACGACUUUAAGAAGAAUCUAAAACUCACUGGAGUUCCUACUCUCCUACACUACGGCACUCCCCAGAAGCUGGUGGAGGAAGAGUGUUUCAAAUCGGACCUGGUGCGCAUGAUGUUCACAGAAGAAUAAUGUCUUAUCAUGGCAUUUUUAUGCAUAUGUGAGAUUAUUUUCAAAACCUUUUGAUUUAACGUUGUACUUUUUCAGUGCUUUGCUACCAUAUGACCAGGCACGUGCACUGUGUGUAUGUCUUCACUGUAAGCUGAAGGGCAAAGUCUCAUUUUCUGCCAACAUUCUGUAUCUGAAGUGUCCUUGAUUGUUUUGAAAAAGGGGCAGUAUGUGCUCACAAAAUCAAAUAUGAAGCAAACCCCACUAUCCUGUGCUUUCAGUAGUGAGAAUUUCAGUUUUUGUGCAAACUAACAAUAGAAGUAAUGCAAAAUCAGUAGUAUCUUGGAAUGUAAUUUGUGCACAAAAUAAAAUGUUUAUGAACUA